UACUGUGUUUGUACUUGGGUUUAUACAUGACACGCUGAUCCUUUUGUUUAUUUACUGUACAUAGAUUAUUGUUGUGGUCAUUAGUCAUCACCAAUGUUAACUGAAUUGUUGACUUCAAUUUUAAUGUAUUGCCACGCUGAACGACGAAGAAACAUGGGCGAUGGCGGUCAGGCCUUUCAGCUGAUGAAACACAAAUGCACGAGCAUCUUGUUUCAAUGAUGUUUCUGCCUUUCGAAUCUGUAUGGAUACUAUUUGUUUGCUAAAAGCUGAUUCCAAUAAAUUAUAGAUGGAGAGAAAUUCCAGAUUUCAUCUUAAUGUUUGUCUUUUUGUCCGCCCCAGUACAGAUGCGUUCGAUACAAACGCAAUGAUGUUUCUGAUAUAUAUUUCAUGCAGUUUGAACCCUCAUGGUGAUGCCAGCAUAUCGGAGCACUUAGCCUGCUCCAUUAGUAGUAUUUUGUGUUCCAUUAGUCAGUCAAUGUGUCACACCUGCAGAGAGGGGAUUAUAAUCCUUACAUCAUCUCCUACAACACCUAUAAAAAUCCCCCUCUGGCUAAUGCACCACAUGCAAACAAGGAAAAUACAGAGCUCUAAUGGAAGCGAGCAGCAGAGUGAUGGUGCAGGUGUUGUUCUUGGCGUUGGUGGUCCAGGUCACCCUGUCCCAGCACUGGUCCUAUGGAUGGCUACCAGGUGGAAAGAGAAGUGUGGGAGAGCUGGAGGCGACCAUCAGGAUGAUGGGUACAGGAGGAGUGGUGUCUCUUCCCGAAGAGGCGAGUGCCCAGACCCAAGAGAGACUUAGACCAUACAAUGUAAUUAAUGAUGAUUACAGUCGUUUUGACCGAAAAAGAAGGUUCCCUAAUAAUUGAAGAGCUACAAAAAAAAGAGAAGAGAAACACGGACUGUAUUUGCAUCUUCAUCAACACCAGUGAUGGAUCGCCCGAGUAAAGGAUACUGACUUCAACAAAUCAUAUUGCACAGAUCAAUUAACGUGUGUGUCUGUAACAUUUAAAUUCAUUUAAAAUUGUAAUAAAGUUUUUGAAAUCUGAUGAAACGAUCAAAUAUUUUUUUGUCAGUGAGAUUGUAAUCUAACUUUGUAGAUCUGGUCAUAAGAAGUGAAAUGAUGCUAUUUAAAUAUU